AUGUGUGCCUUCAAUGCCGCGGGAAGCACCCAGAAGUCAAAUGUGGCAGGGGACAGUCCGCCACCUCAGCGUCUGCUCCGUAAACAUCCUGUGGAGACCCCCAUCAAUGUACGCCGAUUAGCCGGGCUCCUUAACCGUCAUUCUGAUCACUCCUUCUCUCACUUUGUGCUGCAUGGGUUGUGUCAUGGUUUCACGAUAGGCCAUUCUGCUGCUAUAUCUGGUGUUCAUAGUUCUCCCGAUCACCUGUCGGCUAUUCGUAAUAUGCAGUAUGUUUCUUCCUAUUUGACCGAAUGUUGUGAAGCUGGGCAAACAGCAGGUCCAUUUCCGGAGCCACCCUUUCUGUGCAUGCAGACAUCUGGUCUGGGUGUUGUGCCGAAGUCCAAUGGAAAACUUCGUGUGAUACAUGACCUGUCGUCUCCCGAUGGCAGCAGUGUGAACGAUGCUAUACCACGCGGGCAGUUCAGCCUGCAUUACGACUCCGUGGACACCGCAAUUGCCGCCAUUAUGCGCCUCGGCAAGGGCUCCCUCUUGACAAAGGUAGAUAUCCGUAAUGCAUUUCGCCUGUGUCCCGUCGCCCCCGCGGACUGGCAUCUUCUCGGGAUCCGUUGGAACGGCAUGUACUAUUACGAGAAGGUCCUUCCAUUUGGUCUCCGCUCCUCACCAUUCAUCUUCAACCAGCUGGCAACGGCUAUCAACUGGGUCCUUGUCCAUGUCGGCUCCUUGCCCGACGUAAUGCACUACCUCGAUGACUUCCUCGACAUCUGCCCACCAAGCUCCUCCCUGGCGGCCAAGCACAAGGCCAUCAUCUUGGACUUGUUCCAGUUCUUGAACAUACCUGUCGCCACAGAGAAAGCUGAGGGCCCUUCCACUGUCCUCACCUUCCUCGGUUUGGAACUGGACACCGAUCGCUUGGAAGUGCGUCUGCCUCAGUCCAAGCUUCUGGCCCUACGUCGUUUAGUCUCUACCACCCUCGACCAGGGUUGCGUUCUCAAACGCGAACUCGCCUCCCUCCUGGGCCACCUCUCAUUCGCUUCCAGAGCAAUUCCUGCCGCCCGUACAUUCUUACGCCGCCUGUAUGACCUCGACAAGGCCACAUCUGAGAUGUCAUCUCACCGAAUGCUGCACCUCUCAGCCUCAGCCAAGGGCGACCUGAGCUGGUGGCACCAGACUCUGUCAACAUGGAACGGAAAGUCAUUUUUCCUGCUAGAGAAGUGGAUACCCAGCGCUGACCUCCAGUUGCAAACCGACGCAAGUGGCACCAUUGGAUUUGGAGCCUUCUUCAAUGGUCGCUGGUUCAGAGGUGACUGGUCUCCGCAGCAACUGGAACUAAGCAUUACCUACAAGGAGCUCUUCGCCAUUGUCGCGGCCUGCGCCACAUGGGGGAUCGAGUGGCUGCGGCUGCGUGUGGAGUUUCAGUGCGACAACCAAGCUGUCGUGGAGUGCCUGAAGACGGGCACGAGCCGGUCUCCUGCAGUCAUGGCACUCAUCCGCACCCUGUACUCAAUCUGUGUGAAGCACAAUUUCCUGAUCCGAGCAUCGCACCUGCCAGGAAUUUCCAAUACCAUCGCUGAUGCCCUGUCCCGGAACAAGAUGGAUGCCUUCAGGACCUUUGCUCCUACAGCUGCGGAGCGGCCUGACACCAUGGUCCAGCCGAUCACCGAGUAA